CAGUUCAUUAUUUUCUAUUUGGCAACCAUUUURCAGCUUGAUUUUAAAUCUCGCGAUAAUAGCUUUGUGGACACACGUGACCUUUUUCGUCCAAUCAACCUUUCUUUUCUCAUUGAGGAGCGCGAGACGACCMACGGUUUGUUUUUUUCCCCUCUUCCUGCUGGAUAAACAGCAACUUUUGCCACCCAUGGCCGAAACUAGCAAAAGUCAGCGACUUAGUCAACUCACCAAAGACUCACAAACAUCUUCGAGCCGGGCGAAAAUCUUCGGGGGUGGUCCGCCCCGUGAUUCGGAAGAAGAUGGUCGAUUUGUUGAGGGUUCCAUACUUCGCAUCACGAUGAAAAACUUCCUGACAUAUGACUACACUGUGUUGUAUCCUGGACCCAAUCUGAACAUGAUCGUUGGAGCCAAUGGGACCGGAAAGUCGAGUAUUGUGUGCGCCAUCUGUCUGGGUCUGGCUGGGAAGACUGCCAUUCUGGGGAGAGGAGACAAGGUUGGUCUUUAUGUCAAGCGUGGCUGCCAUAAAGGCUCUGUUGAGAUCGAACUGUACAAAAAUGGGGGUAAUGUUAUCAUUAACCGAGAGAUCCACGUGGAGAACAAUCAAUCACUUUGGAUGCUAAAUGGAAAACACUGCAACCAGAAAAAUGUGGAGGAGGAGGUCAAAUCUUUGCACAUCCAAGUCAGCAACCUCUGCCAGUUUCUGCCUCAGGAAAAAGUUGGUGAGUUUGCUAAAAUGUCUAAAGUCGAGCUGCUCGAGGCGACUGAGAAGUCUGUUGGACCACCAGAAAUGUAUGAGUACCACUGCGAGCUAAAAAACUUCCGCAACAAAGAACGGGAGCUGGAGAAUGUCGUGAAGGAGAAGACGAGCUUCCUGGACAGGGCCAAGCAAAGGAACGAGAGGAACAAGCACGACGUGGAUCGCUACUAUCAAAAGAAGAGGCACCUGGACAUCAUCGAGCUGCUGGAGAAGAAGAAGCCAUGGGUGGAGUAUGAGACCACACGCAAAGAAAUUGAGGGUGUGAAGAGAGAGCGAGAGGACGCCAAGAGGCAGCUUUCUGCUAUGAGGCAGGCGCAGGCGCCCAUGUUGGCCAAGAUUCAGCAGAUUGAUGACCAACUGAAGCCCACCGAGGCACAAAUGAAGGCUAAGACUGCUGCUAUCAAAGAAGCCUCGCUGAAGUGCAAACAGAAACAAGACCAGCUGGAUCGUAAAAACAAAGAGAUCGAUGACAUCAAACAGUCACUGAGACUGAAGCAGAUGGAGGCGGACGACCACCAAAAGCGAAUCACCAACACCCGGCGAACCAUCGAAGACCUGAAGGCGGAGCUGGCCAAAAUCGGCGACCAGCAGGACGUGACGCCACAGAUUAACGCCGUUAACGUGGAGCUGAGGGGAAUUCAGCAGGAGAGAGCCAAGAUCGAAGGCGAGAAGGCCGACCUGAACAGGGAGAAAGACAACGUCACAGCCGAGUCCAGAAUGUUGAAGAAGAGGCUCAGUGACAUGAACGACAUGAUGAAUGCCAAAGAGGUGAAGCUGCGAGGACGCCACAGGGACACACACACUGCCCUCCAGUGGCUCAGAGACAACCGAAAUCUCUUUGUAGGAAACGUCUACGAGCCCAUGAUGCUGGUGAUCAACGUGAAGGAUAAUCGCUUUGCAAAGUACGUGGAGAACCACAUCUCUUUCAACGACCUGCGAUCGUUUGUCUUCCAGAGGAAAGACGACAUGGAGAAAUUCAUGACUGAGGUUCGUGACAAGCUGAACCUAAAAGUUAACUCCAUCUCAGCUCCAGAGGAGUCAUGCUCCAAACGCACACCGUCUCGAAACAUUGAAUCCCUGAGACGUUUUGGGUUCUUUACUUACCUCCGGGAGAUGUUUGAUGCUCCUGAUGAGGUGAUGAGUUAUCUCUGUUUCCAGUACAAAGUGCAUGAUGUGCCCGUGGGCAACGACCAAACCAAAGCCUUGAUUAAAACGGUGAUCGAGGAGCCCUACCUCAAGGUGUUCUACACAACAGACGAGAAGUACAACAUAAAGCGGUCCUUUUAUUCCAACAAAAUAAGCACCAGUAACUCUGCGGUGAACCAGUCUCAGUACCUCUCGAUCACGGUGGACGCUGAGGAGAAACGGCAGCUGGAGCAGCAGCUGAAGGCCUGUGAGGUAAAGUUACGAGACUUUGGUGAACGGAUGAAUGCGCUGCAGAAAGAGGCGGCUGCAUUGGAUCGCCGUGAAAACGAGCUGCUGUCAGAGAAGAAGCGUCUUUCUGAACUAAAGGGGAAGAAGAGACAACUGGAGCAGAAAAUCAGCACCAAACAAGACAGUUUAAGGCAAAUGGAGAACAAUGUCAUCGACCUGAAGAAGAUCGAAGAGGAAACUAAAGAGAAAGUUCAAGUCGUCAAUUUCCAGAAGACGACCAUAGUCACUGCGUUCAUAGCUCAAAUGAAGCUGAGAACCAAGCUGACAAUAGAGAAGGUGUAUCUGGCUUUGGAGACGGUUGGGUCAACAGCAGAGAAGACCAAGCUUGAGAAUGACUGUAGAGAAUGCGCCUCUGAGCUGAAGACGAUGGACCAAAAAUGCAUCCGUCUGGAGCAGAGGAAGGUGCAGCUGUCGGAACAAUGCAAGGGUCAUUUGAAGCGGGCCAUGUCCAUCUGUCAGAUGCAGCCAAAUGCAGCGUUACCUGAAGACCUGCGUAACGGCUUCAGCAAACUACCAGACACGCUGGACGAYAUCGAUUCCAUGCUAAAUGAGGUGCGGUCCAGAGCUGAGUGCUUCACUACUCUCAGUGAAAACGUUGUAGAAGAGUACAACAGGGGAGAGCAGGAAAUCAAACAUCUUGAGAACGAGCUUAAGAAGAAGACCGAUGCCCUGAACGACUACAGACAGAAGAUUUCAGGGGCCAAGGAACGCUGGCUCAACCCCCUGAAGCAGCUGGUUGAACAGAUAAACGAGAAGUUCAGUGAUUUCUUUCGCUCCAUGCAGUGUGUAGGAGAGGUCGAUUUGCACUCGGAGAACGAGGAGGAGUACGACAAGUACGGGAUCCGCAUCCGAGUGAAGUUCCACAGCAGCACUCAGCUCCACGAGCUGACGCCACACCAUCAGAGCGGAGGAGAGCGCAGCGUUUCCACCAUGCUUUACCUGAUGGCCUUACAGGAGCUCAACCGCUGCCCCUUCAGAGUGGUGGAUGAGAUCAACCAGGGAAUGGAUCCUGUAAACGAGAGGAGAGUUUUUGACAUCGUGGUCCGAACAGCCUGCAAAGAAACCACUUCUCAGUACUUUUUCAUCACACCUAAACUUCUGCAGAACCUUCAGUAUGCCGAGAAGAUGACCAUUCUUUUUGUCCACAAUGGCUCCUACAUGCUCCCUCCCAACGAGUGGAACAGCAAGGCUUUCUUCCAGAGUUGUCUCCAAAGAAAAUCCCGAGCCUAAAAUCAUGAGUUCGAGUUUAAAAACUGACACUAACACAAGUAGAUGUCGUUUUAAGGUCAAUACCAUUUAAACUGUUCAUUACAUUUUCAAGUUUAAAAACUGACACGAACAUGAGUAGAUGUCGUUUUAA